AUGCCGUCGCGGUUCCUACGUAACCCGUCACUCACUCCAGCCGCUGGCCAUCCCCAUCCUUCCCUCAUCCCCUUUCCUGCGAAUGACGAGAGGAGCGUACCUGCCGAGAUUGUCCAAGAUGCGCCCGACCUGUUCGCCAUGACGGGACUUACAGCUACUUCACCCCCAACCCGGCGCGGGCACUCCCGUUCCAUCAGCCACCCUUUUCCCUCGCCGUUCGCCGCCGCCGCCGCUGUGGGCAAACGGCGUCCCUCGAUCGCGAAGAAGAAGAACGGUCGACCGGGGCUGGAUUCGGACGAUGACGACUUCCUAGGCUACAUGCCAGACCCGAGUUCCUCAUCACCGCGCAACCGGCCCCCGCAACACGGCGUGAUGGCUUCGGGGAAGUGCAUGGCCUGCAACUGCACCGUGCGGUGGCCCCGCGAUCUGAAGGUGUUUCGGUGCACGGAAUGCUUGACGGUCAACGAUCUGGAGCCGUACGUGGAUGCGGCCAAACCCGGGGGUCAUGGUAAUUCGGGCGCCGAUGGGAAGCCCCGCACGCCCAUGGUUUUACGAAAAGCUGUACCACUGUCUCUCGACCGGACGAAGGCGUUGCUGGACGACUGCAUGACGGAGUACCUUCGGCAACUUCUCUACGGAACCGGACCGCGAGCGACACCAACCAGGAGCCAGCCGGGGAAGCCCCAGGAUAUUGCGCAGGAUGAGAAUCUGGCUCACUCGCCCGGCCAGACCGGCGAAUACUUGUGUGAUCCUCGUGCGACCGGCGACUCGCGUGGGCGAGCUUACUCGAAUUCCAAAAAGCCAGGCAAGCUGGAUGGCCCGCCAAACUUCUCGAAGCCUAAUCUGAGCCCGUACUCGUCCCACGGAGAAGGGAAGAGCUCGCCAAUGAAGAGUCGAGACACGCAAACUAUGCCCCGGCGAGAUCGCUCGCCUCGAGAGGUUGGCCAGGGAAACACGUCGGAUGCAAAGGAACUGCCGCGCCGCCCGUAUAUCUUUAGGCUGCUGGAAGACUACAUAAUAAAUUCAUUCAAGGGCUGUGAUUGCUUGAAUAGCUCAUUCACCACAGUACAGCACGCGCCUCGCUCCACCGAUAAUAGCACUCCCCCCAAGCAGAGAGAGGACAAGAGUACUAGCGCGGCGCCCGCGCCCGCGGAACAUGUAUUUGAGCCGGAUGCUAAGCUCCUCCUCCUGGGCGACAUAGCAGAAAAUUCAUCCUGGUGGAUGAACGAGGUGGAUCCUACCGUUCAGUCCCAUGCCAAAGACCAUCGGGAGAAAUCCUCUGGUUCUAGAGCCGUCUCCUCUCGGAGCCCCCGUAUAGACUGGGCGGAGCUUGCGAAAUGGUACCACCUGAUUAUGACUGCCGGCUCUUCAUGGGUUGAAUUGUGGUCCACGAUGAAGCCAGCUGAACCACGUACGGAUGGUGACAUUGUGGCUGCUCAGAGGUGGGAAUCCACUGAUUUAGCUAUGGUUGAGAAGGAGGUGGUCGAGUCGCGCUUGCACCUGCAUCGCACACUGCUCAAGGCCACGGAAAAUCUCCUCAAACGGCCCCGACGACCACUCAAAAAGCCAGAAGACAUCAGAUUUCUCCUGAUGCUCUUGGUGAAUCCAUUGGUUCAUCCCUCGAAUUCGUCUCUGGCUUCGUACACACUAGCCCCCUCUGCUCCUCGAUAUCAAACCUCCCACUCGACUGCGAAGCGGGGCCCCGGGCAUCACCCCGGCAUCGUCAAACGAAUUAUGGGUCUGCUUGCCAAUCUGCCAAACGACUGUCACCAUUACUUGGUUUCCUGGUUCUCACGCUUUCCCACGGGACAAUUUGAGAAAAUUGUGGAUAUUGUGGGUAGUUUUGUGACGUAUCGUCUGACUCGGCAGCAUGGGCGGAAACGCAGCGAGACCGCGCAACCGGAAGAUAGUCUAAUACCCAGCUUCUCAAGCGCAGCGGGAAACACACCCGCCGAAUUGCAUGCCGCCAUCAACGGCAGGAGUCCGAACAAGUCGGCCAAGGACGACCGGGACCAGCCUGUGGUCUAUACGGAUGACUGGCAGAUUCGGGCUGCUGCACGGGUGAUGUCGCUGCUGUUUACGGCCAACAAUGCCACGGUGUCUCGCAAGCCAGAUGGACCGGGGACUGCUAGCGCUGGUCGAUCGCCGAGUGACCGACGGGGCCAUAUGGUACCGAUCAGCUCCUUCUACAACACGCUGCUGGAUUAUUCCGAUCUUGUGGCGGACUUUGAGGCUUGGGAGUCCAAGUCGAGCAAAUUCUCGUUCUGCCAGUAUCCUUUCUUCCUGAGCAUCUGGGCCAAGAUCCAUAUCUUGGAGCACGAUGCUCGUCGUCAGAUGGAGGUCAAGGCGCGAGAGGCGUUCUUCAAUAGCAUCCUCAGCCGGAAGGCGAUCAGUCAGUAUUUUGUGCUGAAGGUGCGGCGCGAUUGUCUGGUGGAGGACAGCCUGCGAAGAGUCAGUGAGGUCGUUGGAUCCAGCCACGAGGAGAUCAAGAAGGGGCUGCGGAUUGAGUUUGUCGGUGAAGAGGGAGUGGACGCGGGGGGUCUGCGGAAAGAGUGGUUCUUGCUGCUCGUCCGGGAAGUUUUCGAUCCCCACCAUGGGUUGUUCAUUUAUGACGAAGACUCACGAUACUGCUACUUCAACCCGUACUGCUUCGAGUCGUCGGAACAGUUCUUCUUAGUCGGGGUUCUGCUGGGAUUGGCUAUCUACAACUCGACCAUUCUCGACGUUGCUCUCCCACCGUUCGCCUUCAAGAAGCUUCUGGCUGCGGCCCCGCAGUGGUCGACCAGCCGAUCGGUGUAUAAAGCUAGCCUGGACGACUUGGCGGAGUUUCGACCUCAGCUCGCGAAAGGGCUCCGGGCCUUGUUGGAUUUCGAAGGGGACGUCGCGGAGACCUUCUGCUACGACUUCGUCGCGCAGGUCGACCGGUAUGGUGAGGUGGUGCCGGUGCCUCUGUGUGCCGGCGGCGAGGACCGACCCGUGACGAACGCUAACCGGCGGGAGUUUGUGGAUCUGUACGUGCAACACCUGCUGGACACGGCGGUGACGCGGCAGUUUGAGCCCUUCAAGCGGGGGUUCUUCACGGUGUGCGGCGGCAACGCGCUGUCCCUGUUCCGCCCGGAGGAGAUCGAGCUGCUGGUGCGAGGCUCGGAUGAGCCGCUGGACGUGGCCUCGCUCCGGGCGGUUGCCACGUACGAGAACUGGUCAGUCCCGCGGCCGGAAACGGUGCCUGUGGUGCGGUGGUUCUGGGAGAUCUUCGGGCAGGCGGCGCCGCAGUCGCAGCGGAAGAUUCUGUCGUUUAUCACGGGCAGUGAUCGGAUUCCGGCGAUGGGAGCGACGAGUCUGAGUAUCCGGCUGGGGUGUUUAGGGGAUGACACGUCCCGGUUUCCGACGGCGCGGACCUGCUUCAACCAGUUGGGGUUGUAUCGGUAUGAGACGCGGGAGAAGCUGGAACGGGUGCUUUGGGAAGCGGUGUUGAACAGUGAGGGAUUUGGAUUGAAGUAG